UAAAGCAACCGAACUGAAGCAGACAUACUACUGACUCGCUUCCAUCUGAAUCAUCUCCGAUUCAUCCGAAAUCUCUGUCUGUACAGACCAGCAACAAUGGCAUUUCCAAAGGCUCCGUGGUUCCUUUUAGUCCCUCUCCUUUUUCUCUCUGCUUCUGCCAUUUCUCCAAGUGUAAUAAAGGAAACCAAUAACCCUGCGGAUCAAUUGGUGGCUGCUCUUAAUGACAACAGAACUGUGCACAAAUCAUCAUCCCUCUAUGACAACCCAGGCCUGGCCUGUCUUGCUUUGCAAUACAUAAAAGCAUAUGGAGGUGAUUGUGGUGCGGUGGAUGCCAAGAAGCCUGCUGAAUCAGAAUUUGCUGAAACUUUUGCCCCAAACUGUGGUAUUCUAGCUUCAAGUCUUUCUCCAAUCACUGGCCGUUUGCUUGGCUGCCAGUCCAAAUAUGUUACUCCAUCUAAAGCAUUCUCUGACAUCUUGAUGGAAAACAGUAAGGGCUUAGAAAUUCUGUACGAUAAGAAUCACACUGAAGUGGGAGCUGCGGUGAGUGGUUCUGAUGGCGGGGGUCCCUAUUUCUGGUGCUUGUUAUUCAGCAACGGCAAGCGUAACAGUAGCUUUGCUUUUGAGGAAGGUGUGGCUAAGAUCUCAAGGCCUGGGUGCUUUAGUGGUGCCAACGACGAGUGCAGUGGUGCUAGUGGUUGGCCUCAGCGAUUUAGUCUAUGGUCAUUAGCUGCAACAACAUUGAUGGCAGGGGUCUACGCCUUUGGUUUAUGAUAAUCUUUUCUGAGAAACUGAACUGUUCCAGUUGAUGGGUCUCUUUUUCUUGCACCACAUCAAUUCGUUUGGUGGUUGUAAUCUGAUAUCUAUUCAUUAUUUUUCAUUUCACGAUUGAGUGUAAGAGUAACAGAGAGCGAUGAUCCGAGUCAUAUUUAGUUUGGUGCCUUGUGAACCUGAGUAUGCUCAGGGAGAAAAACUUUUCUCUUACAAUGGCACUGCAGGUGAUCACUGUUUUUUGAUUUUUUGAGGACUUUCUGAUGUUCUUGAAUUAUAUUUUUAUGCUAUGGUCAACCCGUUUAGGCCACUCCAUCUAAC